UUUCCUACUUUCAGUUUCUUAUCGUCAUACUACUUCCGCUUUUUUGUUGUGCUCGCUCUGCUGCUUGGCCAAGCCUUGUCCUAUGGUCGACGAAUAGUGGGAGGAAAACUUUGUCCUUUGACGGUGAUUUUGACCGCAACUCUGUGCUCAUUUUAGCCUACCUCGUGGUUGUGCCCCUCGUAGAGUUGAAGUUAAAGUGAAACAUGGCUGGAAACUACUAUUUUGUUAUCGUUGGCCACCAUGACAACCCAGUAUACGAAAUGGAGUUCUCACCUCCAAAUAAACCAAGUGAGAAGCGAGAUGACCACAGACACUUGAACCAGUUCAUUGCCCAUGCAGCUUUGGAUCUGGUAGAUGAACAGAUGUGGUCGACCAACAACAUGUACCUCAAGAUAGUGGAUAGAUUCAAUGAGUGGUUUGUCUCAGCUUUUGUCACUGCAGGGCGAAUGAGAUUUCUCAUGCUCCAUGACGUGAAAAAUGAAGAUGGAAUAAAGAAUUUCUUCACUGAAGUGUAUGAAACUUAUGUGAAGUUUGCCAUGAAUCCGUUCUAUGAAAUCAACACCCAGAUCAAAUCUGCAUCAUUUGACAAGAAGUCACAGUUUUUUGGAAGGAAGUACUUGACAGGAUAGCAAAUUUCUUCUUUCAUUGUAUGAUGUGUGUAUAAUGUAUGUUACAUAAAUGUCAUUUUUCAUUCCAUUCUGUAUGCUCCAAGAGUAGUGUCAAUGUAGUGAUCCUCAGAUUUAGCAGUCAUCGGGCCCGACCUUCAAUUUAAUUGAGUUGAAGUGUUCCUUGUUUGCAAUGUGAGCAACAAGUUGUGUCGCAGUGUUGGACCUGGCACAUAGCAACGUUUAGUUCCACAGAUCUAUGAGCAAUUCAUUAUAAACAUCUGUGUCUGGGCUUGUCUAUCAUUAUUCAGUAGCUGGAAAAAAAGAAAAA